AUCUGUAGUGAUGGCAGGAAUUCCAUGCAACUGGGAUGCAGAUGUGGAGGAAUAUUAUCAAGAGGCUAAGAAAGCAGUUGGUGUAGUGAGCAACAGUAUGCGAGUGCCAAAGGCUCUCAUGAUUGCCAAGGCAGAAGCAUACAUUCCUCAAAUGGUUUCGCUGGGUCUUUACCACCGAAGCCUCUGCGAGGAGACAAAUGGGAAAGAUGAUGAUCGUUCACAGAUGGAACUUUACAAGCUUAAGGAGAUAGCUGAUAAAGAUGUUGAGACCAUCAGAGAGUUGUACACAAAAAUAGCUGAGAGUGGCGUGCAAUUUGAGCAGUUUUACAGCGGGCAGGAGAUAGAGGUGGAAACUUCAAGGCUUGUGUGGUUGAUGAUGAUAGAUGCCCUGUUCCUUUUCCAUUUUCUCUCCACAUUCACCACUGAUAUUAGUGUCCCUGCACCUGUAACCGUGAGGUGUGAUAUUGUGAAGUUGGAAAAUCAAAUUCCUAUUUCCCUUGUCAAACAAGUGGAAAUUGCUCUGGAAUCUAAUAGAAUUGAGAAUGUUACUAAGCAGACGCUUGAAUCUCAAAUAGAUCGCCUGUGUUGCUUCCAGGUAGGCGAUCCAAGUAUGAAGAUUGAGAAAGAAAAGCAUCUGUUGGGCUAUAUGCAUAAAUGUAUCUCCUCAGUCCUCCGAGUAGAGAAAAAGCUCCCAGAUCCGGCCGAUUUAAGUCGGUUUCAGAAGGUUUUGGCUGUGAUGGGAAACAUGGUUGAGCGAGUACGGAAUCAUUUCCAUAAGCGUCCAGGCAAAGCUGACAUCAAUGAUUUUCUACCGAAAUACAAUGCAAAAGAGCUUGUCAAAGGUGGGAUUCAGUUUCAGUCGUUUAAGGGGCCUGGUAAGAUCAGAUUUUGUAGGAAUUCGGACACGCUUUAUCUUCCUCAGAUAACAAUUGCAGACACCUACACUGAAGUGCUGUUGAGGAAUUUGCUCGCAUUGGAGUUCAAUGACGCUGGUGGAGAAAAAAGCGUGACUCACUAUGUGGAAUUGAUGGACUGCCUCAUCGACGACAAGGACGAUGUCACAUUGCUGAGAAAGAGCAACGUGAUUGAGCGGCAGAGCAUGAUGAUUACAGACGAGUACGUGGCCAAGAUGUGGGAUGGAUUGUCUCAGCCUUUUUUUCUUGCAGGUUUCCUCGAGUCCCAUGGGGAUUUGAAAGCCCAGAUCAAAGAGGCGCUUUUCAAGAACUUUUACAGAAGAAAUGUUAUCCAGUGGAUGGAGGAAUUCCAUUCGGAGCAUCUAUCGAGUCCAUGGAAAUUCACGGCGUUACUGAUUGGGAUUUUUGUGCUGGGAUUGACUGUAGUGCAGACGUACUGCUCUGUGAAGGAAUGUGGGGGAGAGUAUCGUCCAACAGUCAAUGGCCGCAAACAUUUCAGCCCCUCUGGAUAGUUGCAGAGUGAUGUACUACCAAAGAUGAAAGAUAUGGUGAUAGAUAUAGUAGAUAGCUGGAUGAAAUCAAAUAUCAGAUUUUACAGCUUCGUGAAGGAGAGAUCAAAUGUGUCAAGCAACAUUUCAAGUUGUCCAGAGCUUUCAUGCAUGUGACUGAUGGUGUUGAUUGUAUAUCUUGUAAUCCUUAGCUGACAUGCUUGUGCCGUUUGUAUUUGUCAACAGUGUCUUUCUUAUGUAUGCAUCUGUCUUAUUUAAUGUUUGGAUCAGUCAUUUUAUGUAAUUCCGUAUAUUGUAUCU